CGGUCUUCCCAGCAGUUUUCUUCUAGUUGCUCGUCAUCUGGCUCUUCUUCCGCAUCUGGCAGUAGUAGCUCUGGCUCUUCUUCCGCAUCUGGCUCAGCAACGAGCGGCAAGAACAAAAGUCAAACUGACGUCCAGGGUGGCGGGAACAGGUCUGCUGAAGGUACUUUAGAUGCUGACGCGCACAACAAGAAGGAGGAGCAGAACAGCGAAGCUCACGGUAUUAAGAGGACAUUCAUAGUCAUAACGGUAUGAAGGAAGAACAGGGAUGAAGCUAACGGUAUUAAGGCUCAUCAUGAUGAGUAAUAUGAAGAAAAACUAAGUUUAUCAUGACUGAUCAUACGACAUGAUGAGCAAUGAAUGAUGUGACAGUGAAACUACUAUAGUUGCCGAGCGGCUCUCUCUACUCUGCAAGGUAAACAUAUACAAAGUAGAGAAAGAAAACCUGGAGGAGGAUCAUUUCCAUUUGGUUUUGGAGUCUCUUUCUGAGCUCUAACCAUGAGGCAGAUGGUGUGGCUGAUGUAGGAGAGCAGGAGGCCAGUACCUCAAAAGGCGCGGAGGACAAUACAACUUCUAAAGACAAAGUAGAUGACGCUGCUCAACCGGAAGAAGCUGCUGAUAAGCCGGAUGAAGGCGGCGUAUUGCCCAAAAGGGAGGAAGGUGCUCCCGCUGCAGUUAAGGCUCAUCUUCACAGUUGACUCCGUCUCCACAGUUGACUUCAUCUUACUUCGCAGGAGAUUAUCCUUGUCAUACGUUCUACAUCUUCACAUGCGACCACGGCAGAACGAUGGCAACAUGGACAUACACAGCAUGCAUACAUGCGACUACUUCUUGUUACCUCCUUAUAUGUAAAUUUUUAUUUUUAAGGGAGGUACAAGUGGAUGUGGAAGUGUAUGGCCCUAAAAGAAAGAUAUAAAUUACUACUUCGAGCUCUAAAAAUGAAGGCGAAGCAGCAGAAGCUAGCACAGAGGAAGUUCCUCCACGAGAGAAAACAGAUAAAGAAAGACUCCUUGAGGAGAAAGGCGAUGCAACUAGUGUGAAAUCACUCCAACCACAGAAGGUAAGGCUACCGCUGAAGCAUCCACUCUCAGCAUUUUGAUUUUCUUUGGCAGCAUUUAUUCCGUGGCUCUUUUUCAUAUCAAAGACAACAAAGGGAGCAGUGCUUUUAACACAUACAGCAUUUACUUGAAAAAGAAGCACCCAAGGCCAAGGACAUGCUUCUCAAGUAGUUCAAGUUCUAAAGAAGGACAAGCAAAAUCUAGUCACGUUCAGUGGGCCACCUAGUGUGCAUGGAAUGGAACGACCUGAAAAACGAAAAACUGCCAGAGGUGACUACGCCAAUGUUUAUGGUCUCCAACUACACUAUUGUCGUGCCAUCCUAAAGAUGAAUGUGACAUACUCGCGUCUUUGUCUUUAGAUUCGUGCUCCAUCUUCAUUAUUAAGAUGCAUAGUGCACGGAGCACUUCUCCAUUCGUUGCCUCCUCGUACUAGGUUGCUUCCCAACUCUUGAUUAGAAAGCAUACUAGACAUUGCCCCCUCCCUCUUCUUUCACCUUCUGCCCGAUCUCCGUUCUACGCCGCGUGAAAUCGCUCUAGAAGAGGUGCGGAAAAUUCUUGAUAAAGUUAGGGGAAAAGCAACAUGAACAUCUUUAAAAGAUGAUCUUUUGAUAUAAUAACACGAACACCUUUCGAUAGCCUUUUCAUCAUAGGAUCAAGGACAUCUCGUAGGGAACUACUUUAUAUAAUAUGCUACUUAAAUAGUAGAGCUGAAGCAAGACGUUUCUCCUUAAAAAGGGGUGUAGCCUUUUUCUACUUGAAAAGGGCUGCAAGAUGUUUUCCACUACUACUUACUCUACUACUACUUACUCUACUAACUUCUACCAUUACUUACUAAGGGCUACUUCUACUCUACUUACUCUACUUCUACCACUACUUACUACUGUUUUUACCUACCUACUUGUACUUAAAAAGGGCUGUCGGAUAAACUACCUCCAAGAUGUUUCUCCUUAGGUCGUAGAAUCGCCUCUAAUAGGCAUCCAAUGCGUUGCUCUGUGGAUGAAUUGAUACAGCAAAUGCGGUUAAGGUUGAACCUAUCUGAUGGAGACCUCGCGGCACACGAGGAAGAACUUCUGAGAACAGCAGACGAGGAAAUUCGGUUGGCGAGAGAGAGGUUGUUAUGAUUCAUGAACUUCGACUGUGUGGGUGUUGGUCUUGAUGUAGUAGUCCUAGACGAGUAGUGGACAUUUUAGUAUUAGUGGACAUUUUAGUAUUAGUGGACAUUUUAGUAUUAGUGGACAUUUCAGUAGUAGUGGACAUUUCAGUAGUAGUGGACAUUUUAAUAGUAGUGGACAUUUUAGUAGUGGACAUUUUAGUAGUAGUGGACAUUUUAGUAGUAGUGGACAUUUUAGUAGUAGUGGACAUUUUAGUAGUAGUAGACAUUUUAGUAUUAGUGGACAUUUUAGUAGUGGACAUUUUAGUAGUAGUGGACAUUUUAAUAGUAGUGGACAUUUCAGUAGUAGUGGACAUUUCAGUAGUAGUGGACAUUUCAGUAGUAGUGGACAUUUUAGUAGUAGUGGACAUUUCAGUAGUAGUGGACAUUUUAGUAGUAGUGGACAUUUUAGUAGUAGUGGACAUUUUAGUAGUGGUGGACAUUUUAGUAGUAGUAGACAUUUUAGUAUUAGUGGACAUUUUAGUAGUGGACAUUUUAGUAGUAGUGGACAUUUUAAUAGUAGUGGACAUUUCAGUAGUAGUGGACAUUUCAGUAGUAGUGGACAUUUCAGUAGUAGUGGACAUUUUAGUAGUAGUGGACAUUUUAGUAGUAGUGGACAUUUUAGUAGUAGUGGACAUUUUAGUAGUAGUGGACAUUUUAGUAGUGGACAUUUUAGUAGUAGUGGACAUUUUAGUAGUAGUGGACAUUUUAGUAGUAGUGGACAUUUUAGUAGUAGUGGACAUUUUAGUAGUAGUGGACAUUUUAGUAGUAGUGGACAUUUUAGUAGUAGUGGACAUUUUAGUAGUAGUGGACAUUUUAGUAGUAGUGGACAUUUUAGUAGUAGUGGACAUUUUAGUAGUGGACAUUUCAGUAGUAGUGGACAUUUCAGUAGUAGUGGACAUUUUAGUAGUAGUGGACAUUUUAGUAGUAGUGGACAUUUUAGUAGUAGUGGACAUUUUAGUAGUAGUGGACAUUUUAGUAGUAGUGGACAUUUUAGUAGUAGUGGACAUUUUAGUAGUAGUGGACAUUUUAGUAGUAGUGGACAUUUUAGUAGUAGUGGACAUUUUAGUAGUAGUGGACAUUUUAGUAGUAGUGGACAUUUUAGUAGUAGUGGACAUUUUAGUAGUAGUGGACAUUUUAGUAGUAGUGGACAUUUUAGUAGUAGUGGACAUUUUAGUAGUGGACAUUUCAGUAGUAGUGGACAUUUCAGUAGUAGUGGACAUUUCAGUAGUAGUGGACAUUUUAGUAGUAGUGGACAUUUUAGUAGUAGUGGACAUUUUAGUAGUAGUGGACAUUUUAGUAGUAGUGGACAUUUUAGUAGUAGUGGACAUUUUAGUAGUAGUGGACAUUUUAGUAGUAGUGGACAUUUUAGUAGUAGUGGACAUUUUAGUAGUAGUGGACAUUUUAGUAGUAGUGGACAUUUUAGUAGUAGUGGACAUUUUAGUAGUAGUGGACAUUUUAGUAGUAGUGGACAUUUUAGUAGUAGUGGACAUUUUAGUAGUGGACAUUUCAGUAGUAGUGGACAUUUUAGUAGUAGUGGACAUUUUAGUAGUAGUGGACAUUUUAGUAGUAGUGGACAUUUUAGUAGUGGACAUUUUAGUAGUAGUGGACAUUUUAGUAGUAGUGGACAUUUUAGUAGUAGUGGACAUUUUAGUAGUAGUGGACAUUUUAGUAGUAGUGGACAUUUUAGUAGUAGUGGACAUUUUAGUAGUAGUGGACAUUUUAGUAGUAGUGGACAUUUUAGUAGUAGUGGACAUUUUAGUAGUAGUGGACAUUUUAGUAGUAGUGGACAUUUUAGUAGUGGUCAUUUCAGUAGUAGUGGACAUUUCAGUAGUAGUGGACAUUUUAGUAGUAGUGGACAUUUUAGUAGUAGUGGACAUUUUAGUAGUAGUGGACAUUUUAGUAGUAGUGGACAUUUUAGUAGUAGUGGACAUUUUAGUAGUGGACAUUUCAGUAGUAGUGGACAUUUUAGUAGUAGUGGACAUUUUAGUAGUAGUGGACAUUUUAGUAGUAGUGGACAUUUUAGUAGUAGUGGACAUUUUAGUAGUAGUGGACAUUUUAGUAGUAGUGGACAUUUUAGUAGUAGUGGACAUUUUAGUAGUAGUGGACAUUUUAGUAGUAGUGGACAUUUUAGUAGUAGUGGACAUUUUAGUAGUAGUGGACAUUUUAGUAGUAGUGGACAUUUUAGUAGUAGUGGACAUUUUAGUAGUAGUGGACAUUUUAGUAGUAGUGGACAUUUUAGUAGUAGUGGACAUUUUAGUAGUAGUGGACAUUUUAGUAGUAGUGGACAUUUUAGUAGUAGUGGACAUUUUAGUAGUAGUGGACAUUUUAGUAGUAGUGGACAUUUUAGUAGUAGUGGACAUUUUAGUAGUAGUGGACAUUUUAGUAGUAGUGGACAUUUUAGUAGUAGUGGACAUUUUAGUAGUAGUGGACAUUUUAGUAGUAGUGGACAUUUUAGUAGUAGUGGACAUUUUAGUAGUAGUGGACAUUUUAGUAGUAGUGGACAUUUCAGUAGUAGUGGACAUUUCAGUAGUAGUGGACAUUUUAAUAGUAGUGGACAUUUUAGUAGUGGACAUUUUAGUAGUAGUGGACAUUUUAGUAGUAGUGGACAUUUUAGUAGUAGUGGACAUUUUAGUAGUAGUAGACAUUUUAGUAUUAGUGGACAUUUUAGUAGUGGACAUUUCAGUAGUAGUGGACAUUUUAGUAGUAGUGGACAUUUUAGUAGUAGUGGACAUUUCAGUAGUAGUGGACAUUUCAGUAGUAGUGGACAUUUUAGUAGUGGACAUUUCAGUAGUGGACAUUUUAGUAGUGGACAUUUUAGUAGUAGUGGACUUAGUAGUAGUGGACAUUUUAGUAGUGGACAUUUCAGUAGUAGUGGACAUUUCAGUAGUAGUGGACAUUUCAGUAGUAGUGGACAUUUUAGUAGUAGUGGACAUUUUAGUAGUGGACAUUUCAGUAGUAGUGGACAUUUCAGUAGUAGUGGACAUUUUAUUAGUAGUGGACAUUUUAGUAGUGGACAUUUUAGUAGUGGACAGCAUGUUGUUUAUGUUACUUGUUUUUACACCUGCUUCAUCGUUGUCAUCAACUCGCAUAGUAGUUUGAUCGUCCCCUCUUCAUCCUCCCGCAACGGUAACGUCACAGGUGUAUACGACGACGAGGAGCAACUUCUUACUUCUUUGGGUCCAUUGCGUGGAGAGGUCAAGGAGAUGCGAGAACUGGAGGAACAGCGUCAGAGGCUGAGGGAUGCGAUGAGGGCUGUGAUAAGUGCACAAGUUAUGCUGGGUGUCGUCACUCAACCAGCCAACAUCAUUUGAAACGUCGUUAUAUUUCAGGCUGCUCUCCUCCUAGGAACAGCUAAAAGAUGUUUUAAAAAGAUGGGUCGUUGGUGCCAACCUUGUCUAAGCCAAAAACACUGCUGAUGCGCAAGUACGGCAACAGUGACCUUCUCUUCGACGACGAUGCAUCCUCCACAGCCGGAUCCUGUGCCAGUGCUAGAGGUACAGCCAGGAGCGACUUCAGCGGUACACGUGGGACCUCAGUCAUGUUUGGAACUAGUACUAGAGACAUUCCUGCUGACGCUGUUUCGCCUUUGAGAUCAAGACGGAAAUUUGGCCCAAGGGAUCUAGCGAAAAGGAAGAAAGGACUGCGGAAAAAGUUGGCGCGGCUAGUUGAGGGUGGAGGAUCGUUGUUAAGAAAGCGGACUGAAGAUAUUCUUCAGGAAGUACUUCUAUCAUGUACUAUGUGUUAUUGUGCCAAUCGAUUUGUUCCCUGCAUCUUCUAUGUUUCACGACUGUGGUGCUAAGUAAAGUUGACUGGUUCUUGAGUGCAUGCAAUAUAUUCCCGCAUCACUUCAUUUAGGCACACAGACAAGUUUAUAGCGCGCAUAUGCUAUAUCAAUCCAUAAACGUUGACUGGUACUCUCGAUUUCUAAUCCCUUCAGUCCUUCCACAACCUAUACCUGGCACGAAGUCGAUGGGUGCCGCCAGGAAAGGAAGGAUGGCGAAGACUGCGAAGCUUUAUUCCGAACUUUUUGGGCAGCAGUGUUUUUGGUUCGGUAAUGCUUUUGCAUCAUCGAAAGAGGCUGCGUCAUCGAAAAGUGGUGCGGCAAACAAGGAGGGGUUCUUUGGUAGUUAUGAGCAAGGAGAUUCAGGGAAGUCGUAGGUCCAACCCGAAUCGACUAAGAGCGUCAUCGGUUGGAAAUGGAACGUCAUCAAGUAGCCCAAGUCCUCGCGAUCAGUGGUUUGGAUGUUGCCUUCUUUCCGAGCACUGUGUACUGCUAUAAUGACUUCUUCUACCGGUAUUCUAAUCCUACGCUGCACCUCCUGCCUUCACGAAUUAUACACCGGUGAAGAACUACGUCAACACCGCGCCAGAGGGCUUAGACCGUACGUCUUUCGAGACGCCAGCGGAAGAACGGGACGUUUUGGCCAGGAAAUACCUAAUGGCUAUCGAGCCACUAAGUAGAGGUCGAGAAGUCGUCUAUCUGCCAUUUACAGACGCGCUGGCGUUAAGGAAGGGGAAGGUAGUUGAUUUGAAUGUCACACAGGUUCAGAUUGUGUGAGCCGUGCGACUUGUUCAAUUUUCUCCAUGAUGCUUUUCGAUAAGUAUUUGGAAAACGAUUGCUGUUGCUUCAAUUGCAGAAAGUAUCCUCUUGAGAACAUCGUCAUCGCCCACCCCAGAAACCGGGUCUACAAGAAGCCACUUUCUCUACCUCCCAAUCACCAGGUCUAUACGGAACCACUUUCUCCAUCUCCCUAUCACCAGACCUUCUGGGUCUAUAAGGAACCACUAGGAGUACUACUAGGGAUGUCAAUCAAUCAAUCCACCUGCCAAUCACCAGGUCUACAAAAUGGCAGUUUUUGCAGAUACCACAGUAGGCGAUCUGAAGCAAGGCCUCCAUUACGUCUACCGUGACAAGUUCUUAGGUCGACACUUCGAUCUUCUGCGUGAAAACACUGCUUGGAGUAAUGACGCAAGUACGGUGCUCGAGCAGUACAAGGUAGAAGUAGAUGGCGCUGCCCUUGCUGGGAAUAAAACAUCAACAGAACUACAAACUUCUGAACAACCGCAAGAGGGCGUCCGUGAGCAUCCUGCUAACACGGCAAUAGGUCUAGCGGCACCGAUUGAGAUCUUUUUUCUGGAUUUGAGGACGCCUUUUAGUAUUACGUGUCAUCUCCCUAUACCUGUCAUGAUGGAUCAUGGACAUCCACCUCCAGACAAGAGCUUAGGUACAUCUCCUUCUCCUAUUCGCGCUGCUGCCACCACGACAAUGACCACUACAACUCGUCUGACAUCAGAUCCUACAGCUCGGUCCCCACAGCCCUCCUUCGUUCCAGUGCCGACUGUGUCUGUCCCAGACCAAAUAGCCAGGGUAGCAAGUCGCUCUCCUAAAAAACGCGAGAAAGUAGCCACAACUUCUGCAUCUUCUUCUACAGCGGCUGGGGCUGGUUUACUUGACUCCUUUGCAACGACAAGUAGCCACAAGCACGCCAGAAAGAUCACUGUAAGUCAUGAUAUGACGGUGGGGCAACUCAGAGGGCUACUGCAGACUACUUGCGAUGCUUAUGGAAGAGCAGGAAGUCGGGUGGCUGGGAAGGUAAUAUGGUGCAAACCAAGUUACUAGUUUUUGACACUGUUGUUUAGGAGGUUUAGUGACUAGUUGUACUAGUGGUCGUACAUCACACUUCGAAGUUUGAUGACUGUUCUUGACUCUAGUCUAGGAUCUAUAUCUACAGGAUCUAUGUCUAGGAUCUAUAUCUACAGGAUCUAUGUCUAGGAUCUAUAUCUACAGGAUCUAUAUCUAGGAUCUAUAUCUAGGAUCUACAUCUAGGAUUUAUAUCUAGGAUCUAUAUCUAGGAUUUAUAUCUAGGAUCUAUAUCUAGGAUUUAUAUCUAGUUUGCACUAAAACGAACUUCUUCCAUGUCUGUCAAAGGAGCAAACCCUUGCUCAACAUACUCCAGGCCCCGGUCUCUAUGGAGCUUCUCAUGUUCGAGUCUCACUGCUUGACUGACGAUGCAGUCACCUUGAGAACGCUGCGGUUUACUCCCAAAACAUCCGUCGUUUUACUUCGCAUUCUCGAGAAGGAGGACUGCUCCAAGGUAGGCAGAUUUGUGGAGGACGUGAGGCCCAAGAUGAGAGAGAAAGUCGAACUCUUGCGAAGUAGUGCUCAACAGAUUUUACGAAAUGGUCAACAGAAAGAAUUUUGAGAAAGUUUGAGGUUUUGCAAGUUGACCUAUCUUCUACAAGCAUAUCUUAACCCCUAGAGUGGGUACAUUCAUUCAUUCACUCACUCAUGUGGCCUGCUUUUCAAGGGGGAAAGGGAUUGAUAGAUUUAGACACGCGAGCGAGCCAGAUGAUAGGUCAACUUGCAACUGCUAAAAACAGGCGGCACAAACUUAGUAGGAAGUCAACUACAUGGGGGAAAUGGUGCAACUUCUAUGUUGGACCAUCAACUCCCGUCGUCAUUGAGUACAACCACGAUAGGCUCAUCUUGCGAACUACCGGCUGCUUUUCGAUUGCACGUCCACAGUACUCUCUUUCGCUUUUCGGGCGGCAGUGGCGUUAUGAUAUACAGGCCCUUCAUUUACAAAUAGGGUUAGUAGUUGUUCGUCAUUGUAUUUAUUCGAAAAACUGAAAUAAGCAAGUAACUGAUCAGAAUAGCCGAGAGACUAAUGAGAAGGAAGAGCAGCCUUGACGUUAAGCUACGCCCCUUAUUUCAGUCAGUAAGUCGGUUAUUUCAGUUUUUCGAGUAGGCUCUUAGUAAGUACAUGGAAAUCGCGGAAAUGGCCAUGUCGAUUUGGUGGUGCUGUUAUCCUCUCCCUUACUUCAGCCCUUCUGACAUGGAGACUUUAGAAAAAUCUCUUCUGGAUCAUGUCUUUAAAAAUUAUGUCGAGUUUAGUAACCAUAAUGGAAAAAGACAGCAGAAACAUACCUAGUCCGUUCCUAGGUAACCAACAUUAGGUAACCAUUAAAUUGUUAACCAUAAGGCAUUGGCAUCUAUACACACUUCUCGAGUUUAGCAACUGUAAUGGAAAAUAAAGACAGCAGAAACAUGCCUAUUCGAUUAGUUACUUCUAAUAAUUGCGCCAGAGACACUUCUACCCAGACGGUGCAGAUUUCGCCGUUCGCUACGGUUUACGAGGCCCUACUGCUCUUCGAAGACACCGCGAGGACAAAAGCGGAACAUCUUGUGCUGCAUAUUAGGAGAGCUGGAAGCAGUUCCAUAACUGACCCCUUGGAUCCAGCGGCUUAUCUGGGAGACGUACUCAUCGACGGCGACUCUGCGCUAAAUGGAGUAAGUGGCGACGUAGUGGAAGCUGAUGUGCACCUCGCUCUGCGUUUUGCGGGACAUUGAAAGACUAAACAAUCAGGAAGAUGGCCCCACCACUACUAUAGGUAGGAGGGAGGGGGCUGCUAUAGGUCUGUCUCAAGGGGAUUAUGUCUACAGUUUGUCAUCGUUAGUACUUGAUAGGACCUUUUUUGUGGGGACACUUCGAAUUUUCAUCAUGUAUGGUUAAAAGUAGUUGUCCGAGGACGUCUCGUUCGAAAAACAACCAAUUCUGCUAAAUUCAUUAAGAUCGCCUGAAUUUUGAUCUACUUCGUAUAUAAUCAAAUUAUUGUAGUCCAUUUCAGAACCACAUGAUUACAUCAGGCAGCAAUAGCUUAGACCUUAACAUUACAUCUUCAGGCAAAGAUAACUUCAACUCGUUUGCGUAUUCAGUUUUUCCAUCUGAAAAGAAGAAACUAAAGCUUCUUCUAGUAUUUCCCCAAGCUUCUAGAAUCUGGCACAGGUUUGUCAAUAGGAGGAAUACCACGUAGUCGUAGACUUGUAUUAGACAGCCAGCGUAUCAUAACGAUUGACCCAUUACGAGGUACGACGACCAGUAGGUUUUUUUUUGAGACAUUUAUCAUUCAUCAUGAAUAGCGACAAGAUAGAAU